AUGGCCUAUGAUACCACGACAUCCCCUAGUGAGCGCUAUUGUAUCCAGCUUCCGUGCUGCUACAAGGCUAUGUGCUACAUGGGUGCGAGGCUCACGGAGGAGGUAGACGGUGAACAACAGAAGCCUCGCGACCGCACUAUGGAAAUACUAUACGACUCCGAAGUGUCCCCUCAGCUGACAUCGAUUGUCACCAACCUCUGUUGUCACGACCACUUCAUCGUCCAGUCAGGCAAUAAGCAGGGCAAGGAAAUCACGGGUGAUCGCCUGACAGGUGGAGAACAGCGCAAGUGCGGAGACGUCACUCCAAGAAUACCAUCCAAAGGGGUAUACAGAGUAUUGUCACAGCAGCCGCCCUACGCAUUAAUAUCCGCCCCUAUCUAG